CCUCCAGAACAGGUGGGGUCCAGCAUAACUUGAUACCUCUUACGUACAGCCUCCCAGCUCAACCGAUAUAGUAAUCAACCGACUUUCACGGCGUGUGUUACGCAGACACCAUCGCAGUCUGCGUGCGCGAAAGAAGUCCGAGAACAACAUGAUAUUUCCAAAAUUUCCCUCCAAGCUCCAUAAUUUGAAGUCUUAAAAUGGAUUCGCUUCUUCAAGAGUACAGUGAUAUGUCGCAAAAUUCAUCUGGUGAAUAUUCCAAAGAAUGUUACACAGACUCAAACAACAACGAAAGCGGAAAUUUUCCGGGAGAAACCUCCAAAGCUGAUAAGUAUUCUCUGAGACCCAGAACGUCACGUAGAUGCCCAGAAGUGAGGGAAGACUUUGAAGGCAGCAAAAAGUCCAAGAAGUCUGUUAAGCAAAAAUCGGCACCCCUAAGCAAGUACAGAAGGAAAACAGCAAACGCUAGGGAACGAAAUAGGAUGAGGGAGAUAAAUCAAGCCUUCGAAACAUUGCGGUCGAUUAUACCCCAUGGACAAGUUCAAGAAACCAGUGCAGCUAAUGAAAAACUGACAAAAAUUACAACUUUGCGAUUAGCUAUGCGUUACAUCAGCGCGCUUAGUUCUGCUUUGAAUUGUGGUGACAAGGAUGUUAAUCUAGACUUCGAUUUCGAAAGUUACAAUGAUUUGGAUUUCCUACUGGAAUCCGAUGGUGAAUCUUUGUCUCUCUCGGAGCAUUCCUUGGUGACUUCUCCCGAUUUCCAGGAUUCAACAUUGUGUUCUUUCGACCUCGGUGGUUCUUUUCCUUCCUUACUCCAUUCGGAGUUCGCAGACCACUCUUUGGUGCCUCCUAGUCUCCAGGACUUUUUUUUCACGUGAUGGCUUUUCUGAGAAGAAGUGAUAAGUAUAUAAUUAUUAAAAUUUUCAAACUUUGUAUAAUUCAAUUCGAAAAAAAAUUUCCUGGAUCUAAUCUCAAUCGACAUUUUCAAAAUAAAUCUCAAUCUGAUAGUGAAAAAAAUACUUUUGAAAUUCUGCUUGCAUUUGAAAUAUUCCUCAUCUUGGUUGCCUUAAAUAAAAAUAUAAUUAUGAUAAUUUUCAUGACAGUCAGAAUUAUGAAGUUUUUAUUAUUUUGAAAAUGAUUAUAUAACAUCACACGAGUGAAAAUAACUGGAUAUUACAUGUUGAAUGGCAUGGACACAACUAAGAGUAUAAUUGAAUGAAAUUUGAAAUAAUUUUUAUCUGCAAUUUAUUCUCAUGGAAGGGGAAAUAUAAAGGAAUUGGGAGCAAUAUUACCUUUGCACAUCAUUUGUGUACCUACACUGUGAGGUUAAACUAGUUGUGCCUUUAUUUCGAUGAGAUAAAGAUUUAUUGAAUUUAUAUUAAGAGAGAACCCAAUUUCCUGAAUGCAAUAAAAAGUGUAAAUAAAUAUGUACAUAGUCAAUUUUUUUCUCGUAAAUAUAUUGUUGUGUUUGAAAUAUUGUUGUACAAUUGAUAAAUAAUUUGAUUU